AUGAAAUUAAUAAGAUUUUGGCAGGCUGGAGAGUGGGUUGACAUUGUCAUCGAUGAUCGUAUUUACACGACAGGAUGGUGGUUCAGAAAAAGUCCAUUGUAUACAACUUUAAAAAGUUCCAGUGAAUUUUGGGUGCCUUUAAUUGAAAAAGCCUACGCAAAACUAAACUAUCGAUCAUACAACAGCCUUGAAGGGGGUUUUGCUUUACAAGCAAUGCAAGAUUUAUCAGGAUGUAUUCCUGAAUUUUACUUUGUUGAAAUGAAACAUGAAACGUUAUUUGAAAUUAUUUAUGAUGCAAAAUCAAGACAAACAAUGAUAGGUUGUGGCACUUAUGACGAAGAAACAUGGAAAAAAAUGAAGAGAGAAAAUUCUUUAAAAAUUAGUUUAAAACAUGCUUAUGCUAUUACAGCUGUGAAAAUAGUUAAAGAAGAAACUGAUGCUAGUGAAUUUAAAUUGAUACGUAUUCAAGAUCCACAUGGUGUUAAAGCUUCAAUUUGCUAUUCUGAUAAAAUUAAAAAAAUAUAUACCAAAUCUAAUAAAUUUGACCAAGUUACUAUGGAGUCUGAAUUACCAAUUCAAGUUGAUGGAGAAAGUUGGAUUUUAUAUGAAGAUUUUAUAUACCAUUUUGGACGUGUUGAUAUUUGUAAUCUAACACCAAAUUCAAUAGUCGGUGAUAUUUAUACAAAAUCGGGAUCUAAAAAAUUGUCAUUAUCAGCAAAAAAAGGAAUAUUUAUGGGAGGAACCUUGUCGAAGGUAGUAGAAGACGAUGAUUUGUUUGUAAUGAAACCACAAUAUCGUAUUGUAUUAACAGAGCCAGAUGAAGGAAGAGAAAAUGAUAGUAUAUGCAGUAUUCUCAUUAAUUUGUCAUUAAAAAAUCAACGGGAUUAUGAAAAUUCUAUGGAUAUAGAGUUAGAAAUUUAUGUUUUAGCAUAUGAUGGAAUUGACGAAAAUAAAUUAUCAAAACCAUUUGAUGAUUUUCGACAUCGAUUAAGUUAUAAUACUUUCUUUACUUCAAUUUCUGGUAUAAUAAGUAAACGUUUGGAUUUAAAAUUAGGUACAUACUAUAUUGUACCAUCAAUUAAAAGUGAUCUUCAGGGAACAAAUUUUUAUCUGCAAAUAAUGUCUGAACAAAAAAAUAUUUUGGAGUAA